UUGUUUUGUGAUUAGCCUAGGUAUCAAUACUUCCUAUCUGAAAUACUCAGCUAAAUUUCAAGUAUAACAAAAACUAAAAAAGGAAAAUUUCGUUGUGUAAAAUUAGAUUUCCAGACAUUCGAAAAUGCCGAUCAGCCGACAGGACCUGCACCGUUUGGCCAGCACUCCCAGCUGCGGUCCUCGUUUGACCAAAAGCCAGACGAGCAACACGUAUAUCAGCUAUACUGACAUGGGUCUGGGCAGCAAGUUCUACGGCGGAGGAUCUUCCAGGGGGGAACCCAGCUGCGAUCACUGGCAGUUCUGCGAGAAGGUGCCCAAUCGCUCGGAAGUGGAGGCCGACUCCUUGGGCAGUCCCGUUGGUCUGGUAUGCUCGAAUGCCACCUUAAACAAUCCCUGCGGAAGUUCUCCGAUGCAGCAGGAGGCGAAUGUCCUUAAUUUCGCCACCUACCUGAAGGCUUUUGCCUUGAUUUAUGUCCUGCCGGAAGUGGAUUGGACGGCAGAGAAGAUCGACAUGCUGCUGGAGGAGGGCACUGAUUUAUUCCGAGCCAGCUCCGAAGUGGAUCAGGGGAAGGACGUUCAGGAGGAACACAAACUGCUAGAGCCGGAGAUCUACACCAACGAGGAGAAGCGGAUUAAGAGAAACUUUAACCUUGAAGGGCACACCUUUACCUUGGCAUUGGAACCUCGAUAUCUGGGGGCAGGAUCGAAGCCCCUGGAGCACCAGCCCCCGCAUACCAUUGAUAAUCUAAGGCCAGUGCUUAUCAAUUUCUUCAAGUCUAGCCGCUACUGUCUCCUGCUCACCCGAGUUGGCCACCUGCUCAUCUGGCGGCGCAGAAAGGUGUUCUUUGUCCUGGACGUGAAGGGCAGAAGGAAGGAAGACCUUGAGACCGUCCAGGAUAACGGGGUGGCCAUGCUGGUGUGCCUUAAAACCAUAGACAAUGUUGUCCAUCUGGCCAGCAACUUGAGUGGCAUUUCGCCCCAAGACGAGUUCACCAUUCGGGAACUGGUGGUUGUUCGUUUGGAGACCCCAGAUGGACGCAUCUAUAUGCGCGACACUAGCCACCGAUCCAUCGAGUUUAAGGUGGUAAACAAAAGCUAUGCCUACCUGAAGGGCACUUUGCACCUCUCGCUAAACGAAGAUGAUCUGGUCAGAAACCGGAGCAGCCUGAUGGUGGCCGUGGGCUCAAUCCUGGCCAGCAAAAUCGAUCACCCGGCCAACUGGGACACCAACAUGCUGGAUCGUUUAAUCUGCUACGGAGUGGAGCUUUGUCGGAACUGCUGGUCGGAUUGCUUGAGGGAUCGGCGACCCAUUGACCUGGACACAUUUCCCACGCAACUCAGGAUGGGCCAGUAUGUCCUCGAGCUGAAGCUGAUCCCGAAUGUGAGAACAGGCCACUGGAAGUGCGGCGUCCGCAUCAUUGGCACCGACUUCGAAGCGCACGUCUCGGAGGCUCUCAAGGAGUUCGGCAACGUGGUGUUCCAGAUCAACAACCAGAUGUACGCCAUCUGGGUCAAGGAUGAGUUCUACUACCUGCUCGAUCCCUAUCGCCACACGAUCGUGGGCACCCAUGUGGUGGAGGACAAGGGAGAGGGCGCCAAGUGGGCCACGGUGCGCAUGUUCCGCGACCAGCUGACCAUGCUUAGCGUGUUCCACCAGCUGCUGAAGGAGUCCAACCGGCAGUCGGCCUACUAUCUGCAUGUGGUGCGUAUCCGUAAUCUCGCCGAGUGUCCCGAAGGAUACGCCUUGGCUCCGCUGACCGAGGACGUGGACAAUCACGACGUGAAGUCCCUGAACGAACCCAUCCUGUUUAAUGAGCAGCAAGGGGUAAGUGUCUGUAAUAAGUCCCUGGCCGAUAUCAGCGACUACGAGGAGGAUGUUAUCAGUCGCAUAGGGGAUAAAUUCGACAUCGAGAAAUUUCGAUUCUUGGAUAAGCGCCAGGAUGCAGGUGCAGAGUGUGAAAUGUGCGAGGAGGAGUGUGAGUUUCAGACCGAAUGUCGCAUUACGCCCUGCAAAAAUAAUAGUCCAGGCGCCUGUACAAGAACCAGGAUGCCCACUCUGGAGAAAAGGGGACUUCAGGGAAAUUUCGAAAAGAAAACCUCUAAGAGAAACGUGGAACUUGCCAGGCCUUCAAUAAUUAAGGGACAAUUUGUAAAUUCCUAUAGGCAGACUGGCGGAAGGUCUUAUAUUCAAUCAGCCGCAAAGUCCCCUGUACGUUUCACAUCUAAGGCUGUGACAUCUCCGGGAAGGUUUAUAAAACAAAAUACGAAAUCCUCAAGACAAACUGGCGGCACGGGUUUAAGCUAUAUUUCUGCCAAGUCCCCUGAACGUGCCAGACCUAAAGACGGUUUAUCUCCUAGCAGGUUCCCCGUAAUUUCUACAUCUCCAGAAGUCUCUUCCCCUGGUAAAAUUCUACAAAGAAGUUUAAAAUCCCCCAGGAAAAUUGGUGGCAGGUCCCCCGUAUGUUCCAGGUCUAGAGAUGGGUCGUCUCCUGUAAGGAUUAUGAAAAAGAUCUCCAGGCAAACUGGUGGCAUGUCUUUUAGAGAUUCACCAAUUACAAAAACCUCUAGAAAAACUGGCGCAACGACUUCCAGUCCUACCGCAAUGUGGUCUGCACGCUCUAGAUCUAGAGAAGGGUCUUCUCCUGGAAGGAUUGUGAAAAAUAAUAUAAAGACCGCUAGGGAAAGUGGCGGCAGGUCUUAUAAUCAUACUCCCUCCAACUCUCCUGUACGCUCCAAGUCUAGACACAGGCCAUCUCCUGGCAAGACUGCUCUUAAACGCUCUUCAAAGGGAAACACGUCAAAUGGGCCAAGUUCCAAAGUUCCUAAUGCCAAAGAAACAAUUAUUUCAGAUGCCCCCAAACUAUUACUGCCCCACCCUGCAAUCAGUAAAAGUCCCUACACCAAACCUGUGCCUCCGAACAGAUCAAAUAUUACAGAAUCAGCAACAAAUGACCGAACACCCCACAAAGGCGAAGUGCUUCAGAGAGAGGAAACCAGAGAACGGGCAACCCUUAAUGAAUCGGCGAAGAUGGCCUUAACUCAGGGUCACAUGCUCAAGCAGUCCGUGGAUAAGUCCAAUGGUCUUGGCGUAGCUCCUGUGGCCAACGCCCACCUUAACACACCCGCUGUCUCGGAUUUUGUCCGCCAACUAGACCAAAUGGAUACAACUACUCUUCCGUUGCCAGGUUUUCAAACAGCUGGGGAUUCCAACGAACAUCCUGAAGGGUGCUGUUGCCGUGGUGGUGCAGAGGAUACCACGGAGAGAAGCGAAAGGCAAGCUUCGCUGCCCAAAUACCCCGGUUUUAAUCGGGUGCCCCAGCUGCUGGCCGUCGCUGGAUCCGAGAGUGGAACCAUGGAGAGCCUUAACCGGGUGCUGGGCUCCGCUUUCAAGGUGGCCAAUCGGGUGCUUACGAUGACGCCUUGGGGCAACUACGUGGUCUUCAGGCAUCAUCCCACCCACAGGUCGGAGUCGGAGUCGGCGGCCUCGUUGUUCUACUUGUUCGAUGGCUGUACCUGUGACAUUGACCGAUUUCGGCACUUGGACCUCACCACGGGCACUGCCGGCUUGAUCGCAUUCCGCAAGCAGUCGGAGGUGGUGUGCCACAUUAUCGAUUCGCGGGAGGAGAAGGCCUUUAAUACGCUGCGCAACCAGUUGGAGGAUCCUCCCCAUAAAAGGAUGAAAAAACUGUUGGUUCGUUGAUGCUCGGAAAGAUAUUUUUCAAAAUUAAAUUGGCCAUAUAAAUAAAAUUUUUAGUGAGCUAAACUUCCCAUAUAAACGACUGUUGGAAUUUUACACAAACUGUUUUUGACAAA